GUAAUUCUCUUUUCCGGUAUGACCGGAACUCGCUUUAAAUGUAUGCAAUGCUAGUGAAAAUGAGAGAAGACCGAAUUGGAUUUAGCUUGCAGUCUGACAAAUCUGUCACUUAUCACCUCCCUUCUUCGAUAUUCGUUUGCAUUUGCAAAUCGAACAUACUGGUGGAUUCAUCAUGCUAGCGGAACUUUGUCUUUAAUGUAGCUUCGACUGACGCCAACUGAAGCCAGAUAGCUUAUACGAAGAAACUGAACAGGAGACAAUAUGCCCCAUUGGGUGAAAGCAUUCGAAUCGUCUCGACAUAAAUUUAUACGACUCGAAAAGUACCUCUUAGAUUUUUUGCUAAUACUAUAGCUGCUUGUUGGAUUAAACCCUACGGACUGAUAACGUUUUCUAAUUCAGCUUGGAAAAGUGAGGAAGACACCGCUCGCGAACUUUGGAAGGUUUAGCUAAAGCCUGGGUCCGAGCACUUAGGCAGCUAGCUCGGCAGGGUAGUACUAGCAAUUUAUACGGAUCGCACUAGCUGGCUAGAUAUGUUGGAUAUGACACCGGUACUAUCAGCCUCGGGGUGGGACCGAAGCCGGGAACAUGAUAAUGAAGACCAGGAUUGUGAGUGCCCCCAAUCGAAAUCCGAAACUGUGAAUAAAUCUAGAAAAUUCUAUCGCCUGUGCAGUAGAGACGAGAAGGAGCGAGCUGCGGCUUUGGAGGCACUUACGAAGAGCGUCCUGUCGAGUUUGGGCCAGCAUGGCGAUUCGGCUAGAAUCGACGAAGACACCCUUUUACAACUGCUCCAGGUGGCCAAGACUUGCCCUUUUCCGGACAUAAGGGAAAGAGCAGCAGAACUCCUAAAAACCGCACAGGACCAUGGAGUUGAUAUUCCCCAGCCUCUGGCCUCUGGACCUAGUGCCUUCAUCCCAACAGAGGAGAUUCUGGAGCAGGGCGGGGACCAGCCAGUGCUUAUGGAGGCCUUUCUGUCCAUGGGGCGCGUGGACCAUGUGACCAUGGUGAUGGCGCUUCACCCUGCCUACCUGAGCUGUUUCCUGCGCACCCAGCAGGCCCUGCUGCAGUUCGACGGGCCCUUGCCCUGCCACUGGAGGCACUACAUCGUCAUCAUGGCGGCCGCCCGUCACCACUGCUCGUACCUGGUGCAGCUGCACCGCUGCUGGUUCCUGCAGGCGGGCGGGGACGAGAGCUGGCUGCAGGGUCUGCACUGCGCCCCGCCCAAACUGCGCCGGCUCGGCCCCAUCAAUAAGCUGCUGGCUCACCGGCCAUGGCUGCUCAGUCCUGAGCACAUACAGGAGUUGGUAUCUCCCGGGAGUGAGGACCGCUGGUCCCUGGCUGAACUGAUCCAGGCCGUGGUCCUGCUGGCCCACUCCCAUUCCCUCUCCUCGUUUGUGUGGGGGUGCGGGGUCAAUCCCGAGCCCGACCACAUGGCGGGACACGCCUUCCAGCCGCCGUCGCCCUCCGCCCGCCCCUCCCACAGCCCCAUGCCGGAAGACGCCGCCAGCCGGACGGGGGGUUCAGAUGCGGUCACUGAGGUGGAGGUCCUGAUGAAGAGAAUGCAGCUUCUGCAGCAGCAGGAGGAAGAGUUCAGCCAGGAGGAAAUGGUGACCCGCUUUGAGAAGGAGAGGCGCGAGUGUCUGCUGGUCACGCCGUGUGAUGAACGCCCACGCACCCUCCCGGACAGCGUGUCCCGUUUCGUGGAGGACGCUGGUUAUGGCUAUCAGGACUUCGCCCCCCGCGGGGAACAGGCCCCCGCCACCAUGCGCACCCAGGCUCUCCUGAUGACCGCCUACCGAAAUGGCCAGCUGCUGGAUGAGAAGUUCCAGGUGGUGCUGGGCCUGACCUACCACACCAUGGCCAUGCACCGCGACGUGGACACCUUCAUGCUCCGCAAGGCCGUGUGGAACUACAUCCACUGCGUCUACGGCAUCCGGUACGACGACUACGACUACGGCGACGUGAACCAGCUGCUGGAGCGCAGCCUGAAGGUGUACAUUAAGACGGUGGCCUGCUACCCGGAGAAGACCACGCGCAGGAUGUACAGCGGCUUCUGGAGGCAGUUCCGCCACUCUGAGAAGGUGCACGUGAACCUGCUGCUCCUGGAGGCCCGGCUGCAGGCGGCGCUGCAGUACGCGCUGCGGGCCAUCGGCCGCUACAUGACGUGAUGGCGGGACGCCCGCCUCGGCCGCGACCCUCGCGCCCGACGCGCCGUUCAAGCCGUGGCCCCCGCGAGCCGCGGGCGGAGGGACCCAGAGCCGGCUGACCUCGCCCUGGGGCCUGAGGGCCUGACCGCCCCCAGUGUGCAGUGCCUCUGAGACCAGCACUCACUGCCGCUUUGUGCUGGUCCUCAUUUUUCUCAUUCUUCUCUUGAAGGGGACUUUGAUAUAGGUGUUAGAGAAAAGCUUUUUUUCGUUCACACACUGGACACACGCUCAUAGUCUGACAUCACACACACACACACACACACCGAUACACAGAAUGUUCUCAGUUUCUAACACCGCAUGUGCGUACAACUUGCACACACUUAAACACUAAGCAGAUGCUUAUAAAUGCAGACACUCAAACUCACAAGCAAAUCCUGUCGCUUCGUACGUGCACAGACUUUCUGGUGUCGUGAUGCGGCGUGUGCGUGUGCGUGUGCGUGUGUGUGUGUGUGUGUGUGUGUGUGUGUGUGUGUAUGUAUGCGCGUGCAUGUGCAUGCCUGCAGGUGUGCUUCCUGGUUUAAUAGCACAAUCUACUAGCGAGUGUCUAGUUGCUGAAUAGAAGUAGAUUUGUUUCUGUGUUACUGGUUCUGUUAGUCUCUCACCUGUAGCGUUUCCUCUGCCUUGUGGAUUUCCUCCUCUUCACGCCUCUAUCUGUCCUGCUGUGUAGAGGCCUGAGCAGCUUUGAAGGGUGCUUCAGUUAUUUCAGAUUUGAAAUUAAGUGUUAUGUGAGAGCAUUAUGGCUUGACCACCCUUCCUUUCCACUUACUCAGUUUUGCUGUUCCUUUUGGUCUCAAGUUUUGUUACAUAUACAUUUUUAACCGCGUUUGCACACACAUUUUCCUCUCCUGUUGCAGUAUUUAUUUGAGUGAAUCUCAUACUAACUUCAGCCCCUGGCUGUCAUGUGAACGGAACACAGAAUGUUUAAUCUCAUCACUGAAUGCUAAAGCCUAUCACACAACAUUAGCUUUUCCACUGGAGAAAGUACUUGUCUAGUGCAUUUCCCCUAGUCUUCAUAUUAUUUGAAGAGACUUUCAUUUAUGUGAACUCUUAUCACUAUAUCCAAAUGCUGGAGGUGUUUUUCUAAAUGAAAUUGGGGAAUCUUUCUGUAGGUACAAUUUUGUAUUUCAUUUGUUGAAAUUUGUAACGUUUCUGUUUCUCUUAAUUUUAUUUUUAUGUACACUAAAUGGAAAUAUUUUAUUAUUAAAAAACUGAUCAGA